CAAUUGAUAGCACUACUUUCAUCUCAUCAGCCAUGGGACGCUCAUCGAUUUUAUCGCUAUCGCUGAUUCUAAUCUUAAUCCCAAAGCCGUCCACCCCGCAGCCAACAUCCCGAAUAGUAAACUGGAACUGGAACCCAUUCCCUCAACCUCCGGCGAUAGUGCCAUUACCGCUCGUUAUCAACAACAACAACAAUAAUCCUUCAUCCAUCGUUUCCUGUCCGCCGAUCAACGUACAAGUUGUAAUACCACCGGCGGUGCUGGGGACGUCUGCCGCCACAACAACCAGCAGCAGCGGGUCCACAACAACGUUGGGGCCGAUAGUUUUCCCCAGCUCGAAGAAGUAACGUUAUCGCGUCAUUAGCGCUGCUAGCUGUUCGAGAGUUGUGACCAUGCGUGGUUAUUUCAUAGAAUGUCGAGUUCGAGAAAGUGAAACGAACGCCCAAAUAUAGGUAACCCGCGUAUCAUGUAGUUGGUUGUUAGCAGCAACCG